AUGGCCGACGACAGCGCUUCGACCGACGAGAGAUCGUACUCAAUAGGUGUGCAUGACUACGCUGCCGUGCCCUCCAACACCACCACCGCCGCCCCCAAUACGCGCCGCACCUCGGUGUCUUCCGCCGGCACCAUGAGUCGCAAUCAAGAGCAGCAGUCGAGCUACGCUAGCAUGCAAGCCUCCCAAGGAAGUUUGUCACAAGCCGACAGUACCCUUCGACGACCGAGAGCUCGACAAGACUACGGCUCGAUGCAUGGGAGCUCCAGUGGAGGCGGAGGUGGAACUUCUAGCAGACUAACUCCACAAGUGACACAACAACCCCCCAAACGACCCACGGCCGGAGGACGGAAAGUGUCGACGCAAGCACCACACCGAGGCGAGAUAUUCUCCGUUGACGACGAUGCGAACGAAGUCGAAGAAGAUACUCGCCAGCACCGGAGUCAUUCGAAAACCGAUGUACACCGCGAACGCGAUCGGGAACGACCGUUGCGGCGGAGGGAGAGUACCGUGAGGAGGCGCGGACCUCCACCGACACCUUCUCUCCCGAGAGUCGAAAGUCAAGAAGAUGAGGAGGAAGCAGAGGCAACAGGCGCAGACAGUGCAACCAUUGCAGCCAAGAAAGCUCCGUCAGUGACCCAAGACGCUGGCGAGCCGAGCUCAGAAGACACGCUGCAAGGAGAGGAGGAAGAAGAGGAAGAGACACCAUCACCUGACGAAGACGAUUCUGCAGACUUGAGCGACGCUGAGAGCUUCACACUCAAAGACCGACAAGAGGCUAUCAACGAAACACAUCCGUUCGGAAUUCGAAUAUGGAAACCAGCGCUCUACAAAAAGAGUCGUUCAGUACAGCGCAACGCAGAAGGCGACAUACACAGUGCUCCUGGUGGCAAUGUGUCGCGAUGGUUAUGGUUGUUUAAUGGUCUAUGGACGCUCAUCUUCGGCUGGUGGCUGGCCAUCAUCACUUCGGUGGGCGGCGUGAUAUGUCUCUUCUUUGGCUUACUUCAGCCUGGGUCAUCUGGAAGUUCUGAAUAUGGUCGCGUGCUCAUCAAUCUUGCGCAUUAUUUAUUUUAUCCAUUCGGAAAGUACGUUAGAUUGGAGCGAGACGAAGCAUAUCUGCAUGAGGACGAGGGCGAAGGACGAGAUAUUGCCGAGUAUGAACGUUGGCAAGCCGGCGACAUCGAGGAAGGCCGCCUCUUCUUUGGUCCACCGGACAUCAACAGGUCGCUAAUCGGCCGCCGGAGAGAAGAAGUACCCGACCUGGAAGACAACGAAACCGAUCCUUUGCUUGGUAGGACACGCCCAAGUUCUGCUGCUGAACGUGCUCAAGCCAAGACCAAGAAGCGCUUAUUCGGCCGUGGAGAAUGGAAUUUGGGCCGAGUCAUCUUCUUCCUGUCCUUCUACCUCCUCAUCACUCCUUGCUUGUUUAUUGUUAGCGGCAUAUGCUGGUUUUUGGUGUUUACGAUACCUAUGGGUAAAGUCACCCUACUCUUAUUCUACCAUCUCAGGCGACAUCCUCUGGCCAUGAGCUUUCACACGGACAGCCAUUAUCAACGCACACCCUCCAUGCCGCGAGGGAGCAACGAUAGCGUCAUCCUGCUUUGUACAUACCGCGCCGUCGGCAUCAAAUACUGGAAAUAUACCCUUGACGGCACCAACAUCUUCCUCAUCAACCUUCUCGGUCUUGUCUUCUUCGCCAUCUUCGACUAUUUCGUCCUUUACGAAACGUUGCAUAUCAAUGUCUGGAUCACUUCACCGGGAUUCGUCUUCGUCAUCGCUCUUGCCUCCAUCAUUCCGUUGGCGUACUUCAUCGGACAGGCCGUGGCCUCGAUCUCAGCACAAUCGUCUAUGGGAGUGGGAGCUACGAUCAAUGCCUUCUUUAGCACCAUCGUUGAGGUCUUUCUAUACUGUGUUGCGUUGGAUGAGGGUAAAGCUCAGCUGGUGGAGGGCAGCAUUAUUGGCUCCAUCUUCGCAGGUAUUCUCUUCCUCCCGGGUCUCUCGAUGUGCUUUGGUGCGAUCAAGCGGAAGACACAACGAUUCAAUGUCAAAUCUGCCGGGGUCACUUCUACGAUGCUGCUGUUUGCUGUCAUUGGAUGCUUUGGCCCGACUCUGUUCUACCAAUUCUAUGGCUCGCACAUCCUCAAUUGCAAACAGUGUAUCGAUCUUCCCCGCGGAUCGGAGGAGGAACGAGACUGCCGGCGAUGCUACUUCACCCAGGUCCCGGAGAUCAAUGACGAGUUCUUCAACCAAGCAGUGCGCCCGUAUGUCUAUUUCUGCACGGUCUGUCUAUUCCUGUCAUACGUUGUCGGCCUCCUUUUCACCCUUCGCACACACGCCGCUGUGAUUUGGAACAACGAGCCCGAAGAAGAGAGGAAGGCGAAGUAUCUCGAGCAUCAACAGCACCAGCACGUGAGCAUGCCAUACACCGCGGGUCUAGUCUCGGUAGACAGCCAUCAAGCUACCGGUGGAGCAAAGAAGGCAGAUGGCCUCGGCACCCUUGCGAGGGAGGAUAUCAGAUCAAGCCAGAUGUACAGGCGCAUCCUCAACCAGAGUCUGAAACAGGCAGGCAUCAUGCAGUCUCCCACAACGCCAACAUCCUCGAAGAGGGACGACACUGCCAAGCCCGAUGAUCAAGGUCCACCACACAUUGUGCCUCCAAAGAGCGCCGGGAACGACAGCGGUCCUCCAACCGCGACUCGAGUGCAGGGACUCAGCCCAGAAGACAAUCGCGCCCUUGUGCAACAGGUAGCUGAGAUAGCAGCGACUGCUGCCACUGUUGCUGCUCGCGACGCUACCAAAGCUCCUCGCCGAACAAGCGUUAUGGCUACCACGGUGGGUGCUCCUGGCGCCGCAUCGCGCAACGCCUCAUGUAAAGAGCACUCCAAAGAUCCGAACGCCGCUCAUCCACACGACCACGACCUCCCUCCAGACCCAUCUCAUCCUGUAGCCCACGAAGAACAAGGCGGCCAUGGUGGUCACGACGCACCCAACUGGUCUCGCAAGAAAUCCGCCAUCAUCCUGCUCACUGCCACUAUUGCCUACGCUAUCAUCGCCGAAAUCCUCGUGGACACUGUCGACGUUGUCCUCAGUAGCAUCGCCAUUCCCGAAAAGUUCUUGGGCAUUACUCUCUUCUCCCUGGUCCCCAAUACCACCGAAUUUCUCAACGCCAUAUCCUUCGCCGUGAACGGCAACGUCGCGUUGUCCAUGGAGAUCGGGUCAUCAUACGCGUUGCAGGUCGUGCUUCUCCAAGUCCCAUGCUUGGUCCUCUUCACCGCCAUCUACGGCCGCUUCAUCCCGGCGGAUCAAUUACUGAACCACUCUUUCACCUUGAUCUUCCCGCAAUGGGACAUGGUCGUGGUCCUAUUGAGUGUAUUCUUAUUCGGAUGGAUCGUAGGCGAGGGCAAGAGCAAUUACUUCAAGGGUUCAAUCUUGAUCUUCACGUAUCUUGUCGUAGUCGUUGGCUUCUGGUUUGCUGGGUACAAUAGUAUGGAUACCAUGGGCAUCGACCGCUUCGACACGCUGGCGCUUGGCGUCGAGACCAGGAGAUUCCUAACUGUUGGACAUGGAAGGAGUGGCAUCGCGGUUCCUGAGAGGGAGCUUUGA